UUGUCCCAAAAAUACUUUAAUGAUUUGUUAAAAAUGUAUGUUCCCACUUGCAUAAAACUACUCUGACAAAAACAAAAAUAUAAUCCGUAUUCUUCUAACUUCCCAUUGCGUUUUGGCUCCUAUUAGAACUCCUUGUAACUUCUAGGAGUCAAUUCCGUUUUGGCUCGUGCGAUGAUGAAGAUGAUCGAGUUGGCCUAGGGUUCCCGGUGAAGGAAUCUGACGACAAAGGCGAUUCGGCCGCAAGACCACCAACUCCUCUGAGUACAAUUCAACUACGGGUCUUCGUCAAGCUCCAAACUAAUUGGGAUUCCGGAGUAUUUUUGAGAAAAUUUCGAUCGAACUGCUCAGAUUAGCACAUCUUACGCCGAUAACAACUUACGAGUCCGGCAUACACGAGCUCCUUGGGCCACUCUGUCCGACAACCAGUGGCUAGGGAUAUGACCUGAGGGAUACGGCUUUUUCCAGUGCUUCUUCCGCCACUCUUUCUGCUGGUUUUUUGCUUACUCUCGAAUCCAGGGCUCAGGGUUACGAUCUCUGCCAGUCAGCCGCCAGGAAAGGUUAUGCGUUUUGCUGGUCAUCGCUUUGUAUGUUCUUCAAAUCACAAAUGUUGUAACAUCUUUAUGGUCAUCUGCACUUCUCCGCACUCUUACCACUGUAAAAGGCACAUCAGCUGUUCUGCUAAUCCAUUGGAGAACCAUCAUCCGAUUCUUGAAUCAAGUGGCUUACAAAACCGGUUCAAAAAUUGGCAACAUUUGAGAAAGUGUAAAUUGACGGCAAGCACUUUCAGUCAAGCUGUUGGCUUUUGGCCCCGCCGAAGAGUUCAACUUUGGUUAGAGAAAAUCGGGGCUAUCGAACCAUUCUACGGCAACAUAGCCACUUGUUGGAGCAACAUCAAGGAAGAAGAAGCUUUUGAGAGAUAUAGGCUUAUUACUGGAAACAAUGAUGUCUCCAUGAUUGGUUUUCAGGUUCAUCAAAACAAAUUGAAUCCAGAAGAAGAAGGUUGGCUUGCAGCUUCGCCUGAUGGGGUAAUUGAUAAAUUUAUCCAUGGUUUGCCUUCCCUAGGGGUUUUGGAAAUAAAAUGUCCAUACUUCGGUGGUGAUAUGACCAAGGCUUGGCCUCUUAGUAGAAUUCCCCUUUAUUACAUUCCUCAAGCACAAGGUUUGAUGGAGAUUUUAGACCGAGAUUGGAUGGACCUAUAUAUCUGGACUACCAAAGGGAGUAGCCUGUUUAGGUUGUAUCGAGACGAAGAAUAUUGGAAAGCCAUGGAAAAAGCACUUUCGGACUUCUGGUGGGACCACGUGCAACCUGCUAAAGAAUUGUAUAGUUCUUUAGCGAUCACAAAUCCCCUUGCUGAACUAAGGUCACUUAUGCCAACACCUAGACAUGAACUGUGCACUUACCUCGUCCGCGAAAGCAGUCGUAUUGCUCUCAAUGACUCUAAGUUAAUUCUACUUGAGGUUGAUGGUAUAUUGCAAAAAUGUGAUGCAACCUUGUGUGGCCAGUAGAAUUCAUUGACCUGUACAAUUUUGUUCCACAAGUCAAAGGUUGGCUGGAGGCAAAGUGAUGUAUCUCAAGUAAUUGUGGUGACAUGUCAUAGCAAGUUCUGUCUGAACCAUUGCGAGACGGUUGAGAGGCUUUACUCCUAACAUGUCAUAUGACAUACCUGCAGUCAAUAUUACCUCAAAGCUCACAGGUUUACCAUCUUUGGGAAUCUGAAUAUAUUUUACUGAAAUUUAAUUUGCAUAACAUGGCUCAUUUAAGUUUCGGGUGAGCCAUGGGCUCAUUUAAGUUUUGGGUUUCUCCUUAUUAGGCAACUGUGUUCUAUAUUUAUACUACCUUUUGAGUUUUAUAACAAUGCCAGUAUGCCACAAAUAUUUCUGUUCCAUAGAGAGAGUCCACUGUCUUGACUUGUUUUUGUUCCAAAAAAGUCGUCUUUGAUAAAACAAGAUAAAUAUCACAUUUUAUAGUGGUGAUAUCUUGCUCAAAAUUUUAAAGUUGUAUCUUGAUGACACCGGACUCUUCAAAUGGGACAGAGUGAGUAGCACACUAAUCUUUGUUUUUGGUUCAUGUUACUUGCAGGAGGGAGGUUGUUUCCUUUAUAUAACAAUGGUGAUACUUGUGAAAGUGACACCACUAUUUUCUCUUUGUUGUUCCAACAGAUAGAAGAGACUUUCUGAUUGACUUGAAUGUGCUCAACUAAGUAAGCCAGGCUGCAAGUUUUAUUUGGCUACCAAUGCCCACUGUUUGUACAUCUGUUUAGCUUCUCUCUAGAGGACAAACAUGUGAUGAUCACAAGGAAUGAAGAGGAAAUGUUGAAGAUAAUGGGCAAAGGGAGGAGGAAAGUGGCCAGCUGAGACGAGACAUGGCAGAAAGAAUGAGCAGUUUAGUUGGUUGAUGAGUGAAGAAUUACCUCAUCCUUCUGCUUCAGUUGGAUGCAAAUGAAACUGAUUUGGGACGGAGGGAGUGUGUAAAUAAAUCGAGUAUCAAAACAUUUGAAAAUUCAUAUUUUUUUCAAAUACGAAUCUGAUUACGAAAUGAAAUUUAAAUGAGAUUUGUAUUUGGUUGUUAUUCGAAUACUUGACAAAUCCU